AUGCCUAGAGCAAGGAACCGAUUAACAACAAGGCCUAGACGAACAACUAGAUCAUCUCCACUAUCUCACACUAAUGUAACUGAGGGAAGAGCUACAAUAUAUCCAGCUGCUGGUUUAGAAUGCCAUAACGUGAGCCUAAUUCAAGAAUUUAAAGCACUGACUCCUCCAAUCUUGCGGGGUGAGCCUAAUUUUCUUGAAGCUAAGAAUUGGAUGAAAGAAAUAAAGAAAAUACUGGAUGUAAUGGCAGUGCCUGAGAAAAUGAGAGUUUCUUUAGCUUUCUUCAUGUUAAGGGCUGAAGCAGACAACUGGUGGGAUAUGAUCAAGACUACUCAGGAUGUAACUAAGAUGGUUUGGAUGCAAUUUGAGGAGCUUCUUUUAUCUAAUUACUUUCUAGAGGCCGUUAGAAGACAAAAAAGAGCUGAAUUUAUACACUUGGUUCUAAGGAACAUGACAGUGACUGAAUAUGCAGCAAAGUUUACACAACUAUCUAGAUAUGCUCCGAAUGUGGUUAUAGAUGAACAAAUGCGAGCUGAACAAUUCCAAGAGGGGUUGAGAUUGAACAUUAGAUCACAGGUUGCUCCCUUCAUGCUUCAUACUUACAGUGAGGUUGUGGCAAGGGCUUUUGUUAUAGAAAGGGAAAUAGAGGAAGCUCAAAGGUUGAGAAGCAGAAAUUCUAGGUUUGGUGAUUCAGAAAAACGGGAACAAGAUUCUAAGCGCCAGAAAGUGACUCAUCCCUAA